CCCAUUGCCCAACUAAUUCCUUAAACCCGAAGCAACUGACAGUCUAUAUGGUAAUAAAAGCAGACAUGAGAUAAACUCGAUCUAGAGGGAAGAAGCGUAAUCGUCAUUUCACUUCAACGUUUUUCAACUCAUUGGGUCUGCUGAGUUUAGAAAGAUGGCGGACGAUUGUAAUGAAGCCCUUGUGACUCUGGCAGAUUUGCCAGAAAGCUGCCUGUCAAAGAUUCUCGAAUUGACAACACCAAAGGAUGUCUGCAGGCUUUCAGUUCUUUGUUGUGCAUUAAAGUCUGCCGGAAAUUCAAAUUGUGUAUGGGAGAAAAUGCUUCCACCUUGUUACAGAGAUCUCCUUGCAAGAGCCUCUAAUCCUCUGCAAUUUAAUUCAAAGAAAGAAUUGUAUUUCAGGCUCUGUGAACCAGUUUUCAUUGACCAGAGAAAGAAGAAGUUUUGGCUAGACAAAGCUACUGGAAAAAUUUGCUUUAUGUUUUCUGCAAGAGAUUUGGGUAUAGUUUGGGGAAAUGAUACUCGUUACUGGCGUUGGAUUUCUGGAGAUGGUGCCAGCAGUUUUGAUGAAGUAGCUAAACUAAUUAAAGUAUGCUGGUUUGAAGUGGAAGGCAGUUUUGACUGCAGACUUUUGUCACCUGGUAUAGCGUAUACUGUCUCAUUUAGACUGAAACUUAAUGGAUUACUGGAUGGAUGGGAUAUUACACCAGUCAAAUUUUCAGUUACAACUUCUUGGGGACAUCAACAGCAAUCUGCUCGGUUUUUUCAAAACACUGAGGAACCUGUUGAACAUGUUGGGGAGGAUUGGAUAGAGUUUGAUGCAGGAGAAUUUGUUGUGGAAGAAAAUGACGAUGGUCCAAAGGAAGUGAAGUUUAAAAUGAAUGAAGUGGUUGGCGGAGAUUGGAAAGAUGGACUUAUUUUAGACGGGGUUAAGAUUCAACCUAGUUUUCUGGUUACAGAUAAACGCGAGGUUCGGGAAGAAUAGUAUUGGGUUGGAAGCCUUUGGAUGUGAUCUCAGUUUUCCAGUAUUUAUUUUCGUAAGGAUGGAUUUUUAUGAAGAUGCUCUUGGUCUAUGUAUCUUUUCCAGUUUUUUAUGGUUCCGAGUAUGCUUAUAUAUGUUUGGACGAACUAUCAAGCUGUCUAGACAUGGUUAAUGGCCCCUUUAAAUUCUGGUUUUUAAAUUUAUACUAGCUCUUGCACCAAAACAAAGGUGUAAUGAUUAGCUGAUAGUAAAAUAUACUUUAAUCAUUGUGUUGGAGGGUAUAAAAUUAGGUUCUGAAAACUGUAUUUAUUAGUGAUAAUUAUCAGUACAUAUUCAGAAGUUGAAAAAUAAAUUUCAGAUUCAAUUGA